UCCACCCCCCGCCCUCCGGGCUCCUGCUCCCGGGAGCCCCGCAAACCCCGCUCCGCCCGCGCCCCGCACAGCACCGAGGCUCCCGGCCCGGUCCGCCCAGCUGCCCCUCCCCGGGGCCAUGGGGGCACCCCCGGGCUACCGACCCUCUGCCUGGGUGCAUCUCCUCCACCAGCUGCCCCGCGCUGACUUCCAGCUCCGACCGGUGCCCAGCGGUUUUGCGCCCCGCGACCAAGAGUACCAGCAGGCUCUGCUGCUGGUGGCAGCCUUGGCCGGGCUGGGUUUGGGCCUGAGCCUCAUCUUCAUCGCCGUCUACCUCAUCCGCUUCUGCUGCUGCAGGCCCUCAGAACCCCCUGGGGCCAAGAGUCCCCCACCCGGAGGAGGCUGUGUUAUCUGGAGCUGCAUCGCUGCCCUUCUCGUGGGCUGUGCGGGCAUUGGCAUUGGUUUCUAUGGCAACAGCGAGACCAGCGAUGGGGUGUCCCAGCUCAGCUCAGCUCUGCUGCAUGCCAACCACACACUCAGCACCAUUGAUGACUUGGUGCUGGAAACAGUGGAGAGGCUGGGUGAGGCGGUGAGGACUGAGCUGACCACCCUGGAGGAAGUGCUAUCAGAACGUGUGGAGCUUGUGGCCGCCACCAGGGGAGCCAGGAGGCAGGCUGAGGCCGUGGCUCAGCACCUACAAGGACUGGCCUUCUGGCAAGGAGUGUCCCUCAGCCCAGUGCAGGUGGCUGAAGAUGUGACUUUUGUGGAGGAGUACAGGUGGCUGGCCUACGUCCUCCUGCUGCUCUUGGUGCUGCUGGUUUGCCUCUUCACCCUCUUGGGCCUGGCGAAGCAGAGCAAGUGGCUGGUGGUUGUGAUGACCGCCAUGAGUCUCCUGGUGCUUGUCCUGAGCUGGGGUUCUAUGGGCCUAGAGGCUGCCACAGCUGUGGGCCUCAGUGACUUCUGCUCCAACCCAGACACCUAUGUGCUGAACCUGACCGAGGAGGAGACAGGGCUCAGCUCAGACAUCCUCAACUAUUAUUUCCUGUGCAACCAGGCGGUCUCCAACCCUUUCCAACAGAGGCUGACUCUGUCCCAACGAGCUCUAGCCAGCAUCCACUCCCAGCUGCAGGGCCUGGAGCGGGAAGCUGUCCCUCAGUUCCCUGCAGCACAGAAGCCCUUGUUAUCUUUGGAGGAUAUGCUGAAUGUGACAGAGGGAAGCUUCCACCAGUUGGUGGCACUAUUGCAUUGCCGCAGUCUGCAUAAGGACUAUGGCUCGGCACUCCGAGGCCUGUGUGAAGAUGCCCUGGAGGGCCUGCUGUUCCUGAUGCUCUUCUCUCUCCUGUCUGCGGGGGCCCUGGCCACCACCCUUUGCAGUCUGCCCCGUGCCUGGGCCCUCUUCCCGCCCAGUGAUGACUACGAUGACACAGAUGAUGACGACCCUUUCAACCCUCAGGAAUCCAAGCGCUUUGUGCAGUGGCAGUCUUCCAUCUGAGCCUCCCCUCCAGCCUGGAGUGGCCUUUCCUGUUAGGUUCAGCACCGCUCUGGUUGUCCUGACAAAGGAAGAGGCAGACCCAGGAAGAGAAUAAACAUAGCAGUAGAUCUAAACAUGCAUGAAUCCACAGGAACAACAAAGUCGAGCUUCCAGACAUGUGGAAUGUGAAGGCCUAGUGGGUUUAGGAACGGUGUGGGAUCAACUCACUUCCUAGCAGUUCAAAUCCAGCACAAGAUGUCAGAAAACCUAAGUGUGUGCCAGUAAAGGGGAAGAAGUAUUCAAAGAGAAAGUAGAAUAUUGGUAUGUAGUGCUGCUAAGGUGAUGUAGAAGAGGAAACGUGAAGAUACAAAUGUAGACAAGAAAAUAUAAGGCAGUCAAUGAGCUAAAAACCACAAACAAACCAACAAAUAUGGCAGAGGAAAAAGGGAAAUUUAUUGUACGGGAAUAAUGCCCAUGUAGUUCUCUUUUGUAAAAAGAAAAAAUAAGCACAUAUGACAAAUAAUUCAUAAAAAGACAACUCAAUUUAAAAAUAAGCAACUGAGAUGAACAUAUGAAGAAACAAAAAUCCAGAGACAAAACUCAUAAAGUGGUUAAAAUUCUAAUGAUUUCCAAACACAAUGUGCUACUCCCCUGCCCAGUACUUACUUACGGUGAUGUUAAAUUGGGGUGCUGUCUGGUGCUGUUCUAGAAGCCCAGAGAAGAGGUGCUCAAAAUAUGCUGCCCAGAGGCUGUGAAUCCCCAGUUGUGUGAAAACAAACAAAAACCUACUUAUCUGUGAAAGAAUGGCAACUGUGAUCUUUGAAGAACAGCUUCCAGAAAGAGACAAGCAACUGAAGGUGUGUGUGAAGAGUCCUCUGUCCAGGCAACACUUUGCUGGAGACAAAAAGUCCACGAAAGGAAGAGAAGUGAUCUGCUAAGUAGAACUCUCUGGAAGACCAGCAGUUCUCCAAGGGAAGCCAGUAGAGCAGGAUCCUCAGGUUGGGUGUGACAAACAGUGGCAGUCGGGUGCACAAGCACCAGGUGACAUACCCUGAAAUGCCCCCACACAGCGGUUGGAUGCUUCUGGGCCCCAGUCCAGGUACCACACUGCUGAAUGUGGGCAAGUCAGUUGACUCGUUGAACCUCAGUUGCAUCGUCAAGCAAAUGGGUGUCAUAAAUCCAGAAACCUCAGCUGACAGGACAGGGAAAAGCAAAAUAAAUGCAACAUGAUGCUCUGGGUUACACACUGGCACACAGAAAACAUUAAUGAGAAAAGUAUCGAAGUCUAAAGUUUGAGGCUUAGUUCAGAGUAUUAAAGCAACGUCAGUCGGUUUCUUACUUUUUAACAAAUAAACCAAGGUGAAUCCGAGGUGAUAGCAAUACGGGAAACUGGGCAUUCUAUGCCCAACUCCUGUAUUAUCUUUGCAACUUUUUCCCCCUGUAAACCCAAAUUUAUUCUAAAAUAAAAGUU